UGUCAUCAGUAAAACUUAAUCAUCGCUGAAAAUGAAAACAUUUUGCGUCAUUGAAAAAAAUUGCGAAAUUAUCUCAAGAAAGUUUUAAUUUUUAUGUUUAAAUGGAUUUAAUCCAGGAUUACGAACAGCAGUAUGCUGUUCUAACUGCAGAAAUCACCGCCCAGAUAGGUCGAAUUGGUACAACUCAAGGAGGUGAACGCACCAAACUCAUUGCCGAUAUCGAUCGGCAGCUAGAAGAAUCACAAGAACUGUUGGAACAAAUAGGUUUGGAGAUUCGGGACAUUCCACAGGCUACCCGGGUAGGUUAUACGUCUCGACUAAACUGCUAUCAGGCCGAAUGGAAGCGUUUGCAGCAGGAAUUCAACAACGCCAAAACUGCUCGGUCCAACCGCAAUUCCGGUGCCGCAGGAUACGAUUCGUCGGUGGAUGAAUUUGAUGAAAUUGGAAUUCAAGAGGAUCAAAAACGGCGUUUGUUAAGCAACAGUGAACGCUUAGAACGAACCGGCAACUACUUGAAGGACGGAUACCGGGUUGUGCUGGAAACUGAACAGAUCGGAAAUCAAGUGAUGCAGGAUUUAAAUGACCAACGGGAAACGAUUCAACGUGCUAGGGGACGGCUGCGUGAAACGGAUGCCGAACUUGGACGGACGUCACGAAUUCUCAACACGAUGAUUUUCCGAGCCCUUAGAGAAAAGAUUGUGUUGGUUGGGGUGGUUGUUGCAAUAUGUUGUGUAUUAUUUUUAAGCAUUUACUUUUCCAUGUCUGAUUAGAUAUGAUAUGAAAACUUUUAUGAGUUCGACGCAGAUUUGUUUUAUUUACUAAAGCAUCAUUCAGUCUGAUAAACUGAGCGUUGGGUAAAUGAAUGUUCAAUAUUUUCAACGUUUAGUUUCCGUCUGUGUGAAAAUUUGAUUUUCAAAAAGUAUAAGACUUACUCAAAAUGUAACUAAAACUAGUGUACCAGACUUAGGUUCUAGAUUAUUGUGUAUUUUAAUAAAUAUUUACGUUAUCAAAACAUUCCUUAAUUGUAAUAAACACGCAUGUUUCUAUAUUUAAUUGCAAUGAA